AAUUGGCAGGUGCAACAAGCGCAGCAACAAAUUGUCUAAAGUGAAGCUUUUUCGCAGCGGAAAAAAAAAUAAAAUAAAAUAAAAUAAAAUAAAAGAAGAGAAGAGGAACGCCACAAAGAUGGCGCUGCAGCUGCCCAUGUCGGCCGUUGCCAGAGAACGCAGCAACAGCGGCAGCGCAACAACAACAACAACAACAACAAUCAGCAGAACAACUGGCAGCGCCGUCAACCUAAUGAGCAGCGCGCCCGCGUACUGUGGCAACGCUGCCACUCGCAAGCCCAGCACAGGAGGCAAUCAGCGUAAUCUCAAGGAGCGCGAACGUGCGCCGAACGCCGCGACAGCCACGGAUCAGCCAAAGCAGCAACAACAACAACAACAGCAAAAGCAACAACAACAACAACAACAGCAGCAGACACGCUUGGCGAACGCCUCGCAGCUAUUUGACCUUGAUUUUGUGCACGACGAACAAUGUCCGCUCAGCUUUACGGCCAUGCGGCACCAGGAGCCCAUCGAGCAGUGGCUAUAUGAUCGUCACACCUGGCGCAUACGGGAGCGCAUGAAAACGGCAAGCGUGGCGCUCGUCCUGUGCCUCAACAUAGGCGUCGAUCCGCCGGAUGUGGUUAAAAUACAGCCCUGUUCACGGCUCGAGUGCUGGAUAGAUCCCAGCUCGGUGUCCGCGCCGAAGGCCAUGGAGCUGAUCGGCAGCAAUCUGCAGAUGCAGUACGAACGCUGGCAGCCGCGCGCACGCUACAAGAAGUGCCACGAUCCCACCGUGGAGGACGUGAAGAAGCUGUGCACCUCGCUGCGUCGCAAUGCGAAAGGCGAACGCAUCCUGUUCCACUAUAACGGCCAUGGUGUGCCCAAGCCGACGGCCAACGGCGAGAUUUGGGUCUUCAACAAGACCUUCACGCAGUACAUACCCCUCAGCAUAUUUGAGCUGAUCAACUGGAUGGCGGCGCCCUCGAUCUAUGUGUACGACUGCUCCAAUGCGGGCAUCAUCAUCAACUCGUUCCAGCCCUUUGCCGACCAGCAUGAGCGCGAGCUCGAGAAGGCGCUCGUAGCACAGGCGGCGGGCGCUCAGCCGCCGGCACAGCUGGUCAGCUACAAGAACUGCAUCCAUUUGGCGGCGUGUGCGGCCAAUGAGAUCUUGCCCAUGAAUGCACAGCUGCCGGCUGAUUUGUUCACCAGCUGCCUGACCACGCCCAUUAAUAUUGCGCUGAAGUGGUAUGCGAUGCAGGAGAAACUGGGCAUGGUGCCGCGCAUCCAGAGCGAGUUGAUUGACAAGAUACCCGGCAAGGUGAACGAUCGCCGGACCAUGAUGGGCGAACUGAACUGGAUAUUUACGGCGAUUACGGAUACGAUUGCGUGGAACACGCUGCCGCGUGAUCUCUUCCAGCGUCUGUUCCGGCAGGAUUUGCUCGUGGCCAGUUUGUUUCGCAAUUUCCUGCUGGCCGAGCGCAUCCUGCGCAGCCACGAUUGCACGCCCGUCUCGCUGCCGGCUCUGCCGCCGUGUCAUCGGCACGCGAUGUGGAAGGCCUGGGAUUUGGUUGUGGACUUGGCGCUGCAACAGCUGCCGGACAUAUUGGAGCAGCAGGCGGCAUAUCGCCAGCUGCCCUUCUUUGAGCAUCAGCUGACCGCGUUCCAGGUGUGGCUGGACAGCGAAUCGGAGUCGCGCACCCCGCCCGAACAGCUGCCGAUUGUGCUGCAGGUGCUGUUGUCGCAGGUGCAUCGUUUGCGUGCUCUCGAGCUGCUCGCCAGAUUCCUGGACUUGGGUCCCUGGGCUGUCAAUCUGGCGCUGGGCGUGGGCAUCUUUCCGUAUGUCCUCAAAUUGCUGCAGAGCUCGACACGCGAGCUGCGGCCUGUGCUGGUGUUUAUCUGGGCCAAGAUCCUGGCCGUCGAUCCCAGCUGCCAGGUGGAUCUGGUCAAGGAGUACAAAUAUUUUCUGACCGUGCUGCAGGACAACAUUGUCAGCAAACAGCAUCGCACCUUGUCCGCCUUUGUGCUCGCUUCCAUUGUCCACAACUUUCUGCUCGGCCAGACGAGCGCCCUGCAGGGACCGCUGCUCUCCAUUUGCCUGGAGCAGCUGAACGACAGCAGCUGGCUGCUACGCCAGUGGCUGGCCAUCUGCCUGGGCAUGCUCUGGCAGAACUUCGAGAAGGCCCGUUGGUCGGGCGCCCGCGACCUGGCGCACGAGAAGCUCUACGUGCUGUUGCGUGAUCCCAUACCGGAGGUUCGGGCCGCCGCCGUCUUUGCGCUGGGCACCUUCAUCAGCUCUGUGACGGAUCGCAGCGAGGAGCAGGCCAACAACAUCGAUCGCAUCAUAGCCAUCACGCUGCUGGAGACGGUUGGCGAGGAUAUGUCGCCGCUGGUGCGCCUCGAGCUGGCCGCCGCGCUUCAAUGGAUGGUGCUGCUCUUCGAGUCGCAGUUCGUGACCGUCUACAUGGCCGAGCAAAUGAACAGCCACAGCUCAGCGCUGGUCUCGUGCGGCGGCGAGCGCAGCGCGAGCAUUACACACGGCCUGCCCAGCUAUGUGCUGUCCACGCACAGUCUGGAGCGGCACGGACACGCCAGCAUUAGACGCGGCGUCAGCUCCAGCUCCAUUUCGAACAUGAGCAGCUCCAGCCUGGCGGGCAGCGGCGGCGGCAGCGCUGGCGCCGGCGUUGGCAACAGUGGUGGCAGCAGCAACACGAGCAGCGCCACCAAUGCCAUACCCUUCCAGUACAUUUUCACCAAGCUGUGGCAGGGCAUCUAUAAUCUGGGCCAGGAUCCGUUUCCGCUGGUGGCAAUAACCGCACAGAAGAUCAUUGCGCAUGUGCGCGACGCGGCGCUCUGCAUGAUUACCGCCAAGGAGGCGACGAAUGCCACAGCUGCGGCGACCACAUCUGGCCGGGAUCAGGAGAAGCUGAACAGCAGCAUCUUGAGCGUCAGCCUGCCGCCCAGCCCGAAUACUCGCUGCAAUUAUCUGGGCGCCAGCGGCGAAUCGCCGCCAGUUGGUGCCGGAGCCGGAGCGGCUGCGGGUGCUGGUGGCACCGGCGCCGGCGCCAGUCACUGGGCACAGAAGCUGCGUCUGUCGGGCAGCGGCGAGGCACAGCAGCGCAAGCUGCGCACCAGCUCGAUGAACGACGAAACCGAUGGCGGUGCCGGCGGAGCAACUGCAUCCAAGACGGUCACAGGCACAAGUGCCAAUGUGCUAGGCCUGAUGGCCGGCGCCAGCGUGCCAGCCGAUGGCAACAAUUCGGCCAGAAGCAGCGGCAGCGAAACAAAUCAUUAUACGGACGCGAGCAAUGCCAAGGCGCAGGUGCUGCAGCCCAUCGUGCAGACGCAGUUCAUCCCCUGGGCCAUCUCCUACUUCACGCGGCCGGGCAAACAGCGCUACAGCAGCGCCGAGGGCAGCACCGAGGAGGAGCAGGGCCAACAGCGCUGGCCCAUCGAUCGCAACUCGGCGGAGCUGCGCACACGCGAGUAUCGCUAUCAGCGCAACGAGCUGAUCCGUCGCCAGGCGCGUCGCGAGCAGCAGGAGAAUCGCGUCCAGCGCCUGGACGCAUUUAGCUUUGUGCGCAAAACCCAAUUCACGCCGUCUUUGGUCAAGCUGUUGCCCUACGAGCAGCAGAUCGCGGUCGCCUACAAGGAGAAGGUGCUCAUCUAUGAUUUCGUGCGCAACUCCGUGCACAGCUACGUGACCGAGGCCCUGCCGGACACAGCCAGCGGCCAAUCCCUGGGCAGCAGCAGCGCUGGCAGCGUUAGUGGGAGCAACAGUGCCAGCCGGCGGCUCAAUGCAAGCCGCUUGCCCGCCUCCAGAUUUGCGCGCGUCUGCAGCUUUGAGCUGCUGAAUGCCCAGGAUGUGGGUCUCAUGCUGGUCGCACACGACGAUGGCGUCAUACGCGUCUGGCAGUCGUCCGGCGGACCGCAGGACCUGACCAGCAGCAGCAGCGGGGGUGAGCCGCAAGCGAUCACAACUCGCCUAAUCAGCGCCUGGGAUGCACUGCCUCGCGCCGCCUACUACAGCAGCACAGGCAGCGCCGGCGGCGGCAGCAGCAGCAGCAGCAGCGGCUGCAUCACUAACAACAGUUCCUAUCUGCAGCGGCUGCUCAAAUCGGAUCCGCUGCUGCUCAACACCUCCGGCGGCAGCGCCGUCAACAGCGGCUCCACAGUUGCCGCAGCGGCUGCGGCAGCCGCGACCGCUGCAGCUGAACGUUUUGCUGCCGCUGCCCUGACUGGAGGCGGCGGCGGUGGCGGCGGCGGAGGUGUGGGCGCCGGCUCCAAUAGCCUGGGCAGCAGCGGUGGCAUUCACUAUCGUGGCAGCACGGACAUUGUGACCGCCUGGCAGCAGUAUAGCCAGCAUCUGGUCGUGGGCUGUGACUAUUAUCGCUAUCUGCGCAUCUGGGAUGUGGAGCGGGAGCUGCGUCUCAGCGAUCUGCAGCUGGGACGCCGCGAGACGAGCGUGCGCGUCCUCUCACCGUUUGUGGCCAACAAGCGCUGUGAUCUGAUCGUCGCCGGCUGUGCGGAUGGCAGUGUGCGGCUCUUCGAUAAGCGCUGUGCCCCGCAGGAUGCUCGGAUACGUGUCUAUCGGGAGCAUAUGGCGCCCAUUCUGCAUGCCUGUUUGCGCGCCAAUGAGACGUCCCUGGUCACCGGCUGUACGGCCGGCAAGCUGUCCGUUCUGGAUUUGCGCGCAUGCCGGGCGGGCGGUGCCACCGGCGUGCUGCAUCAGUGGGAGGCCGGUGUCGAUAUCACAGCCAUGGCCAGUCAUCAGGUGGCGGAUGCUGUUGCCUGCGGCAAUGCAUCGAAGAUCUGCAUCUAUUCGCUCAAUGGACGCACACAGAGCGUUCUGCGCAGCAACGAGGGCUUCAUGGGCUCCAAAAUUGGACAUCCCACAUGCCUGUCAUUUCAUCCGUACAAGGUGCAACUGGCGGUGGGCUUUGUGGACAACACAGUAGCUGUCUACAGCCCCACACCAGUUUUAUAAACUCUGCAGCCGCUGGAAAACGGACGUCGAUAAGAAUCCUGAAACAAUGUUUAAUGCACGUAGCUUCU